UAAAUCAGAGUCCCAGCGAGUUGACAAUCUAAAAUCCGAAAGAGCCAGACCGGAGAUGGCAUCUUCUGGCGGUGAGCGUAAAUAACUCCAAGUGCACUCCAAACACUUCAGAGCGAGCGUGGCAGCUAAGCAAAGUGGUUCAGUUUUCAAGUGUUUGCCAUUGAUAUUACGGCCCACACAGCCCGGCCUCUGAUUCCCAGCGUCCACCUCCCAACUAGCAACUCGCAACUAGCAACUAUCAACGUGCAACCUGCAACUUGCAACUGGCAACUAGCAACACCACCAUCCAGCAACACCAUUACCAGCAACACAGGCAACUCGCAACGCAAAACCGGUCAGGCCCACGUGUCCGGUCAGCAUGGCAUAUGGAUUUGGACUCGGUUUCGUUGGCAUUAUGGCGUUGGCUCUGCCCAGCUUGCUUCAGAUUGCGCAUACGCAGCGUGGCCCGGCUGCACUGACUGAGUUUUUCAACGAUUUUCGGCAGAAUCACGACGACCAAAGGAUCCUCUACUCGCAUCAGUACCAGAUCUCCGAUGUGGCCAGCCAGGUCCACAUCCUGCACCGAGAGCAGCGCAAAGGCGAGCAUGUUACCGGCUCGUACUGCCACUUGGAGCCUAGUGGCCACAUUCUCAGCGUGCACUACGAGGUGAGGGGCCCCCGCCGUGGAUUCCGGGCCGUCAUCGAGCAGCGGACAGGAAACAGCCGAGUCCACCAGGCCCUGGGAGUCCAUGGCAGCCGGCAGCCAACUCGGGCUUUGGCCCUCGCCGAGCCUGUGGCAUUUGUGAUUUAAGGCAAGUGCCUACAAACCACAAGUGGCGGCAAACCGGCUGCGGCCGCUGGAAUCAAGAAAUCCAAUUACGAAUUAUGUGUCUUGCUCCACGCAGCCGUAAAUUGCUAAAUGUUUAAUUGUCUUUCAAUGAUUUCGCUGACUUGUUAAGCUUUUUUCUGAUUUGCAAUUUAAAUCGAUUUCUCACAUGUUUUCACAAAUUUUAUUAAACGUAAAAUGUAAAUAUAUAUUUUGGGUAAUAAAUUAGGCAAUCCGGAAUGGAUUGAAUUACUUGCUGACUUUUAUUCAAAAGGCAGACAUGAAGGCAUUGUGAUUAUAAUUUAGCCCAUCUAUAAUGUCUGCAAUAUCUUUGGGGUGGGUCAGUUUUGAAAACAAAAUGCAAAUAAGCCGCCUAAUUACGGUGCCACAUUAUGUAAGCCCUUGCAGAAACAAUCCAUAUUUCAGUUAGAGACCAAGAAUAAUUGUAUUUUCGUGAAAUUACAUUGACUUGCGGUCAGGGUCUGUAGAAAUCUGCCGCUCUGUGAUCAGCUUAAGUGAUGCCCCAGAAGCCGUUGCCGCCGCCGUUCAACGACACUGCUAAUUGCCCCAACUAAUUGCCGCCGCAUGUUAUUGUGGCUCGCUUUUUGUUUGGUUGGUUUUGUGGGCCUGCGGCUACAAAAAGUCGCUCAAGAAAGUGCCAAUCAGCGUGUGUUGGGGUCCGUUAGUCCGUGUGACAGCUCACCUUGCCAGCUUGCCCUUUUGACUGACCCCUACCAAUUAAAAGACAAUUUAGGCGCCAUCUCUGCGAAGUUUCUUGA